AUUUUCGUAUGCGCAUUUCAUUCGCACGCCGUCAGGAAUCGAGUCCCAGAGGUCGCUCAAAUCAAUAAUAACGGCUAAUGUGACAAAAUUAGGGAAUAAGGCACGUAUGUCAACAUCAUAUCUACGAGGAAGCAUAUUUCAAUCGUGUCAGCGAAAUCAUAAGAAAUCAUAAUGGCAGUGAUAGUUCCAGAUAGUAACCAACAUACUACCGAGCGUAGCAAAUGGAUUUCAAGGAUAGUAAUUGUUGUGUUUUUUGCGCUUAUCAUAUUGGAUAUGCCGACUAUUUGUAAAUUUCAUCAACAUAGCGAAUCGCCAAGUUACAUGUAUUCUAAAGAAGCUAACGAGAUCUACACAAAUCAACAACAUCAACGACAUGUACAUCACGAACAUCAGCACGAUCACAGUAAUGAUCAUCAUCACGAUUAUGACCAUGUUCAUAAACGUCCUACUGCGCCGCGGACAAAUAUUCAUCACAAGGAUCACAACGAUAUAAUUUUAAGAGCUGUUAGUUCAACUUUAGUUAUAUCUGCUGCGCCUUUUUUCAUAUUAUUUUUUGUACCACUGGACAAUACAAAGCAACGUGAGUCGUUGCUAAAAAUUUUACUAAGCUUUGCGUCUGGUGGUCUAUUAGGAGAUGCAUUUCUUCAUUUGAUUCCUCAUGCGCUUGUUCCACAUUCGCAUGAUUCUUCCUCAGAAGAACAUUCUCAUUCGCAUUCUCACAGCCAUGAUAAUAGCGAUGGAACAGAACACAAACAUGAUAUGUCUGUUGGUUUAUGUGUAUUAUUGGGAAUAAUAGUAUUUCUAAUAGUAGAGAAGGCAGUGCGCAUUAUCAAAGGUGAUCAUUGUCAUUCACAUGCUAACUCUGUUCCUCACAAAGAAUCUGAGAAGAAAGAAGAUACCUCAUCAGUGAAGAACGAAAAGAAAGAAGACACCAGUAAAACAGUUGAUAAAACACAAGAAAUAACUGGAUCUGACAUAAAGAUUGCUGGCUAUUUAAAUCUAGUUGCAGACUUUCUACAUAACUUUACUGAUGGCCUGGCUAUAGGAGCUAGUUACAUGGCUGGAAAUAGUAUUGGUUAUGUAACAACAUUUACAAUUUUAUUACAUGAAAUUCCACAUGAAAUCGGUGAUUUUGCUAUCUUGAUACAAAGUGGAUAUAGUAAAAGAAAGGCUAUGAUGUUACAGUUGACAACUGCUAUAGGAGCUCUAUUAGGAACUUUUGUUUCAUUAAUGGCAGAAGGAAUGGGUGAUCUUGCAACAAAGUGGAUUCUUCCAUUCACAGCAGGUGGUUUUAUUUAUAUUGCAACUGUCUCUGUAAUACCAGAACUUUUGACUGCUACUAAGCUUUGGCAGUCAGUUAAAGAAAUUUUUGCGCUUCUUCUCGGAGUAUACAUGAUGGUUCUUAUAGCAAAUUAUGAAUAGAGAUACUUUUUAUUGGGUACUUUUCUGAUUGCAUUUAUUUUAUUGGGGACUUGAAUAAGUUCUCGCUGUUUUUCCGUGAAAAUGAAUGCUUUAUUUAAAAAAAUUAGUAAAGAACAUGUCAUUGAAAGUAUUGUCCAUCGCUAGCCACUACUUUCUCCUAUCUUUCUGGCAGCAUAUGAAUACCAUGUCGAAAGAGCGACUCAUCUUUUGGGGUUAUCCACGAAUCUACCCAUUUUUUGACAUCUUCAUAAGAAUAGAAGUGCUGUUCAGCCAGGCCAUGAGUCAUCGAUCGGAAUAAGUGGUAAUCGGAAGAAGCAAUGUCCGGUGAACACGGCGGGUGGAGUAGGACUUCCCAUUUAAGCGUUUCCAAGUAGGUUUUGACCGGUUUUGCAACGUGGCCGAGCGAUGCUGCAAAAUUACUUUGUCGUGUCUCUCCUCGUAUUGCGGCCGUUUUUCCUUCAAUGCUUGGCUCAUGCAUUAAUUGUAGUCGAUAGUGAUCUUCCGUGAUGGUUUCGUUGGGUUUGAGGAGUUCAUAAUAUACUACACCCAGCUAAUUCCACCGAAUACAAAGCAUGAGCUUGGAAUCAU